AUGGAGCAUAGACCAACUGCGGUGGCUACAUUCGACUCGUCAAGAUUGCCGUCGCGCACAGAAUGCAUGGCAGAACUGGAGGCCUCUGUGGCCCUCAGUUUCCGUGUUGUUGCCGCUGGACAUGGCGCUUCUCUCGCCGUCAUCGAUCGCUUCUUUACCCCGGAGGCCGCAAGUGGCGGACAGGCUUCACGAUUGCCCGGGCCUCUGUACCAGCUGAUCCGGGUUAUGCGGAUGUUUGGAGACCCGGAGCGGCUGGAUGCAUUCCUCGAGGAGCGCCAGAAUCAAGCUAUAGAUAACACUCGGGGUUUCGGCCAGCCGGACCAAGCUGUCGACCCUCAGGGUCAAGCUGCUCAGACUCGAAGUGUCCUCCCUUGGGAUCCGAUUGUCUGUCCUGAUGAGAAUGUCGACGAAUCUCUGGAUGUAUUCGUCAACCAGGCUGGCGAUGCCCCUUUCGACUCUCAGGACCAGGCUGUUGAACCUGAGACGCCACUUGUCGAUCCUUACUACGCGUCGAGUGCCAUCUCAAGCUCCGAUGCCGAUACUCUCGUUGACCCAGAUGAUUCCGUUGCCGACCCUCAGAAUCUGAAUCAAGUCACUUGGCCUCAGGAUCGUCAGGACCAGGCUGUUGAACCUGAGACGCCACUUGUCGAUCCUUACUAUGCGUCGAGUGCCAUCUCAAGCUCCGAUGCCGAUGCCGAUGCUCUCGUUGACCCAGAUGAUUCCGUUGCCGACCCUCAGAAUCUGAAUCAAGUCACUUGGCCUCAGGAUCGUCAGGACGAGGAUGACAGUUUUUAUUACGAGUUGUUCCGUCCGGACCCUCCGAAUCAAUAUGCCGGCCCUUCGUACCAACCUAGGGGCUAUCAGUAUCUGGGUUUUUACCCUCAAUAUCCCCUGCAGCAAGUUGCCCACCAUUCGGAUAGUUCGGAUAGUGGAAGUACAGACCCUCAAAGUCCAGAUAUCGAGCCUUCGGAUGAAGUUCUGUUACCGCAAUUCUUCAAACACAUGCAAGCUCUACCGCCGAAGGAUGGUAGCGUUUGGGACGCUCAUUCCAAGUUCGUGCAGGUGGUCAAAUCGUGCGAAAACGCAAAGACCAUACUGACCCGCAACAAUGCACCGGACCAGUCGGAGCCCACGAUCCAACAACGCUGCGUUUCCGAGGUCAUCGUGCCAGCUAUGACUGCGCUCAACAGCAUGUCUGCGGUUAAGUUUAUUGCUGCUCUUGACAACGAGCGAUCCACAAACAGCUCUUUGAUUUGGUCGGUGUCGUUGAAUUAUGAAACACUGGUGUACGUAGAAAUUAAGCGUAAUAUGAGCAUGGCGUGGGAGCGAUUCCUCGACGACAAUGAGAAGAAGCAAGGAAGUGCUUUGGAGGAACAGGCAUUACCGAAGGAAACGACGACCAUGCAAAAGAUCCUUGCAAGUCAGCGUGGCUCUCCGGUAUACUCCGUGAUUACCGACUCAUUCCUCUUGGCUUCUAUGGCGUGGACGCGGCAGUCUUCGGAUCCCACGAAGUGGGCCUCUUCUGAAGUUCAUGUUUCGCAGUGCGGACGGAGCAUGAAUCCUCUCGACUGUGACAACCGACGAUCCGCGGAUGCAGACUCUGAUUACCGUACACCCCGCGCGAUGUUUGCCUUCGUAUGCUGGGCUGCGUGGCAAGGCUAUAGGGAGCGCGGAACCUGA